AUGGGUGGUUAGUCUGGGGUGAUGAAGAGUAACCCUAGCAAUCAAGAUGUUGGUAUGUCAGUCGGUAGCAUGCCAAGCAGAGGGCAUUUAGGUGUGGGUGCUCAUUAAUAGCAGGCAAAUAAUCAGAAUAAUCUAUACGCACAGAGCAAAUAAAACUAGCUCUUCGACAAAAAGAAUGAUCCCAAUUUCCCAACUCCACUUGAGAUUGAACAGUUCUAAAGCUAAUGUAAGUUCAAAAAAUUUAAAAUUUACAUCGAUUUGACUAAACAUUAAUAGUAAACUCUGAGAGAAUAAAAAGUCUCAGCACUCGAUUUAAGAAUGAGAGAAGUACUCUAAACAUUCACUGAUUUUAAGAAGAUACUAGAUGAAGAAUUUAAAACAAGCAGCAAACCAGCUGAUACACUUACCUCCUAUAUGUUUGAAAGUAUGUUACAGUCUACGACAAGAAACUAAAAUGUAGUUGUUCUGGUUUUAUUAUAAAUAGUGAUGUUUGAGCUUUGUGACGAUGAUGAUGAUGGGUGCAUGAGACCUGCUGAGAUUCUUCAAAUGCUCUAAAGAGUAGAACGAAUAUUUGCGAGAGAAUGUUCAAGAGUUGAACUGCAAUCAUCAGUACUGAUUCAUCAGAUAGCUGAUCAAAAAGCUGAGUAAAACUUUCACUUUAUUAUGGGCAUGAUCAAGCAUUAAAACAUUAAGAAGCAGCAGGAAUAAGCAAAAAGAGAGCAAUCACAGAAAGAUAUUAAGAACUCUCAGGGAGGUGGAGCAGGUGGUGCUGUAGACUCUAAAUAGGCUGUUGGCGAAGGUAUUAUUUCAUCAACUUAUGAUUUAGAUGAGGAUAAUCUUAUUACUUAUCGAGAAUUCAUGAGUGCUAUUAAAGGUCUGAAGAAUUCAUUGUACAAGUCGAUUCUACCAAGAACACUAUCAUUUGUGUAUGAGCUUAACUCUAUAUUCAGAAAGCAUCACUUCAUAGAUGAGGGUCACUCUGAAAUGUUUGGAGGAAAGCACCCACUUAGUAAAGUUGGAGGAUAGUAACUGAAAGAUAUUCCAAAUGAUGCUAAGAAAGAAUAUCUUGAGAUGUAUAGACCUCCAGGAAUUAUCAAAACAAUUGAAACAGCUAUCAAUGCUAAGACUCUUUUGGAAGAUAAAGUUGUGAACACAGUACCAAUGAGAAAUCUAUAUAGAAGGGGGAAGGAUGAGAAGAAAGAUGAAAGAAAUGAGAGAAUUAUGGGCAACACAAUUAGUGGUUAAGGUGCAGCUCAGGCUUAUAAUGCUGGAAAUGAUUAGAAAGGUAUUACUCAAAAGUACUAGGAAGUGUUCUAAGUUCAUGUUAGGCCAGAAAAUCCAAAUGGACUUAACUUUUAGGAACUCUAUUAGGAGAAUCUUCCGCCAGAAGCUCGGGAACUUGAUGACUAUGUGAAGAAAUUUAAAGAUAAAGACACCUCUAAAGACAAGGAAAUUUAGAGAUAUCAGAACAAUGCAAAGGAAAAGUUGAGAAGAGUUUAGAACCUCGUCCCUGAAAACAAAAUAUAAAUAAGUGCGUUGAGAUUAGAAGAAGAUGCCGACUUUGGUGACCGAAGAGGCAAUAAAAUGAUGAAGGCUAUGAAUGGACCUUUAGUCCUUAACCAGAAAAUCAAGGAUGAGGAGAUGAUUGAAAGGUUAAAGGAUGAGUACGGAGAUAAAAAGUGA